GUUUAUGUGACUAAUGCGGGUGGGGGGAGAGCCACUGGCAGUUGCUCUGCUGCUGAGUAAAUGCAACCACACCUGAAACACUCACCCCAUCCAUUUUAACAAAUAAAUUUCACAACCCCUCUAGUCUAUGCAUAUGUGUAUAUAUAUAUAUAUAUAUACACGCGCGCGCGCGCGCACACACACGUGCUUUCGAAGCUUGAACCAAAAAUUUCUACCAUACUUACAUGUAUCGUCCUGCAAUCUAGCUUCCUCACCGAUUUAACAACUCACCCGUUGUAGCCGGAGUGUAUACAUAGUUGAACUUGGUUAUCGGGCUUUUGGGGGAACCGGUUAUGUUGAAGCAAUCACCUAGUAGGAACCAGAGGUCAAAAGGAUUGAAGGUGAAACAUGCUCUUCAGGUAUGUGUGUUGCUUGCCAUUUGCAUAUGGUUGCUUUACCAAGUUAAGCACUCCCAUCAUAAGAAAUUGGCAUUGGAGGAGAGCUCAGGACAAAAUCGACAAGGCCAUGGAAUAUUAAAACUUGGUAGGAAGGACCUGAAUCCUCAAGUUGAAGGAGAACUUGGGGCAGAGGACGAAGAAAGCAAAGGCGAUGAAAUCGAGGAUGAAGGAAGAGGAGGGGGAGAUGAUGAGAUAGAUGGACUCGAUCAGGAUAAAGCCGAAGAGGAUGAUACGGAGCUAUUAGAGGAUUUAAUUGAUGAAGACGAUAAGGAGAGGGAAGACGGGACUGAAGGGAGAGAGAGUGAACAGAACGAAGAUCCUAUGGAUAAGAUUAUUGGGUGGAACUCCAAGAAGGCACGAGAGGAACAUAACAAAGCGGAUGGUGCAGCUAGUGAUGUGGUUCAGAACACCCAUAUUGUAAGUACCGAAAAUGAAAAUGUAGCUUUGAGAGCAAUGAUGGAGGAAGAGCAACAUGUGAAGAAUGUAGCAAAGAAUGAAUUGGAGAUCGAAAGUAAGACCUACAGCAUAGGGGAAAUAAAUCAAGAGGACAAGAUUCAUUCUAGAAACUCAUUUAGCAGUGAAGAGAAUGUUGGUGAAUUCGAUAUAAACAUUCUAGACGACCGCUCACAUUUCAAUUCCUCAUUGAAGGCAGAGUUUAAUGAACAAGAAGUGAACAGCAAUUCAGUAACAGCAGAUGUGAAUUCGGAUACAGCUAAGACAGAACUGGGGGAUUCAUAUAUUGAAUCCAAGUCUGCUGUACAAGAAGAGAUUGUGAAGCUUGACGCUGCUGCCGGAACAGAGGACAACUCUGCUUCAAUCUCCACCACGGAAAUGGCUGGUGCAGGUCAUAGUAGGGACUCAAAUGCAAAUUCCAUGGCAGAAGAACUAGAGGAAGUAUCAGAAUCGUCAACAAGAAAUGAAAUUGCAGAGAAUACUAGAAAUGAACCCAUCGAUUCUUCUUUCUACCAAGAUAAUAAGGAGGAUCACAAUGCUUUGCUGGCCUUACUAGAGACCAACCUUCCGUCGAUUCUUCUGAUGAAAGGUUGAGGGGUUCUCAUCUCUAGCUGCAUUCCAAGUCCAACUAUAUUCUUUUUCAUCCAAAUAUAAAUGUUCGUGUUUUAGUGUAAGUUUAACUAUGUAGUUUUGUGCAAAUGUACAAAUAUCAUUUGCCUGAACCCACCCUAGAAGAAUAGGGUUGUUACUUGGUUCUUUUUGGCAGUGAUUAGUGUAGAAAUUUUGCAGACAUCAAAACUCUAUCUUUAUGUAUAAUUCAUCCGAGUUUCCAGUUUA